ACGAAACCGCGCAGGGGACCUGCGCGAGCGGAGACUGGGCGGCCCCCGCCUCCCCCGCCUGAUUGCAGUUCCGAUUUUUCGUUGGCAGUCCUGGUUUCCACGCAGCUGCGCCUCUCGGUGCUGGGUGCUUUUCUUGGACAAUCCCUCCCGACUCGCGGGGCUUUCUUGGGAGCUGAGCGCAGGGAGCGGAGCGCAGGCGAGGCGAGGACCCCGCGGGGAGCGGAGCCGCAGGCAUGACCGCCGAGCAGCGGCGGAGUCUGCACGCCUUCCGGGACCAUGUCAGGAGCAUCGUGGACUCUACCUACAUCCUGAGCUACGGGACCCCCUGGUUUAGGGACGAUGAGGUGCAGCAUAUUCAGGCUGAGAAAAACAACAAGGGCUCAAUGGAGGCUGCCUCACUUUUUCUCCAGUUCCUGUUGGAGCUCCAGGAGGAAAGCUGGUUCUGUGGCUUUUUGGAUGCCCUUGACCAAGCAGGUUAUUCUGGACUUUAUGAUGCCAUUGAAAGUUGGGAUUUCCAAAAAAUUGAAAGGUUGGAGGAGUAUAGAUUACUUUUAAAGUGUUUACAACCAGAAUUUAAAUCCACGAUCAAUCCAAAAGGUAUCCUUCCUGAAAUAUCUGAAUGUUUAAUUAAUCAGGAAUAUGAAGAAAUUAUUCAGAUUUGUUCCAUCAAGGGGCUGAUGGCAGGUGCAGAGAAAAUGGUUGAAUGCCUUCUCAGAUCAGACAAGGAGAACUGGCCCAAAACUUUGAAACUUGCAUUGGAGAAAGAAGAGAGCAAGUUCAGUGAACUGUGGAUGGUAGAGAAAGGUGCAAAAGAUGUCAAAAUGAAAGAUCUUGAGGAUGAUGAAAUGAAAACUUUGGAUGUACAGAUUUUCUACAGGGAAGAACCAGAAAACCAGAAUCUUCGUCAGAAUUCAUGCCCUUCUUCAGAAGUGCCUCAUACUUGCAGCCCAUUGAAGCCAAGAAAUUACCAACUAGAGCUUGCUUUACCUGCUCAGAAAGGAAAAAACACAAUAAUAUGUGCUCCUACUGGUUGUGGAAAAACCUUUGUUUCACUUCUUAUAUGUGAACAUCAUCUUAAAAAAUUUCCACAAGGACAAAAGGGGAAAGUUGUCUUUUUUGCUAUUCAACUCCCAGUGUAUGAGCAGCAGAAAUCUGUGUUCUCAAAGCAUUUUGAAAGACUUGGGUACAAAGUUGGAGGCAUUUCUGGAGUAACAUGUGACAAUGUCUCAGUGGAACAGACUGUUGAGAACAAUGACAUCAUCAUUUUAACUCCACAGAUUCUUGUGAACAGCCUUAAAAAUGAGAUGAUUCCGUCACUCUCUGUCUUUGCUUUGAUGAUAUUUGAUGAAUGCCACAACACUAGUAAACAUCAUCCUUAUAAUAUGAUCAUGUUUAAUUAUCUAGAUCAGAAACUUGGAGGAUCUUCAGACUCACUGCCCCAGGUCAUGGGGCUGACUGCCUCGGUUGGCACUGGGGAUGCCAAAAAUACAGCUGAAGCCACAGAAUAUUUCUGCAAAUUGUGUGCUUCUCUUGACACAUCAGUGGUAGCAACAGUCAAAGACAACUUGGAGGAACCGGAGGAGAUUGUUUAUAAGCCCCAGAAGUUUUUCAGGAAAGUGGAAUCACGGACCACCGACAGAUUUAAAUGCAACAUAUCUCAGUUGAUGAUAGAACAGAGUCUGGUAAAGAGUAUCUUUGAAGAACUUGGUACCAUAACUCUCGAAAACUUAUCUCAAAUUCAAAAUAGGAAUUUUGGAACACAGAGAUAUGAACAGCGGGUUAUCGCAGCUCAGAAAGCGCGCAUGGUGUUUCAGAUGCAAGAUGAAGAGAGAAGGGUUUGUAAAGCACUGUUUUUCUACACGUCGCAUUUGUGGAGAUACAAUGAUGCCCUCAUUAUCAAUGAGCAUGCUCAAAUGAAAGGUACUCUGGAUUACUUAAAAGACUUCUUCAGAAAUGUCCAAGCAGCAGGAUUUGAUGAGAUUGAGCAAGCUCUCACUCAGAGAUUUGAAGAAAAGCUGUAGGAACUAGAAAGUAUUUCCAUGGAUCCCAGCAAUGAGAACCCUAAACUCAAAGAUCUCUGCUUCAUCUUGCAAGAAGAGUACCACUUAAGCCCAGAGACCAGAAUCAUCCUCUUUGUGAAAACCAGAGCACUCGUGGAUGCUUUAAAGAAAUGGAUUGAAGAAAAUCCUAAGCUCAGUUUUCUAAAACCUGGCAUAUUGACUGGACGUGGCAGAACAAAUCAGAAAAUAGGAAUGACCCUCCCAGUACAGAAGUGUGUAUUGAAUGCAUUCAGAACUGACGGAGAUAACAAGAUUCUGAUUGCCACCUCAGUUGCUGAUGGAGGCAUUGACAUUGCUCAGUGCAAUCUGGUCCUCCUAUAUGAGUAUGUGGGCAGUGUCAUCAAAAUGAUCCAAACCAGAGGCAGAGGAAGAGCAAGAGGGAGCAAGUGCUUCCUUCUGACUAGUAAGAUGAAUGACUCCAUUUUAAGCCUGCAGAUGUGAGAUGAAGCAGUAUUUAAAGAAAAGGUUUGCCAGAUACAGAUUCAUGAAAAAUUCAUCAGGGAUAAUCAAGGAAAAGCAAAACCUGGGCUUGAUAAGGAAAAUAAAAAACUGCUCUGCAGAAAGUGCAACCUUGCAUGUUAUACAGUUGAUAUAAGAGUGAUGGAGGAAUGCCAUUUCACUGUGGUUGGAGUUGCUUUCAGGGAGCACUUUGUGAGUAAGUUACACCCCAGACCAAAGAGCUUUGGGAGUUUUGAGAAGAGAGCAAAGAUCUUCUGUGCCAGGGAGGACUGCAGCUAUGACUGGGGAAUCCAUGGGAAGUAUAAGCUAUUUGAAAAGAUUCAAAGUUUUGUGGUGGAAGAUGUUGCAACUGGAGCUCAGACACUGUAUGCAAAGUGGAAGGACUUUCAUUUCGAGACCAUCCCAUUUGAUGCUGCAGAAAUGUCCACUUGAGCUCAGGACCUCAGUCUGCAGGGAAUGGGUGACCUUGAGUGAAGAAGAAAUUAGACCAGUGGGUGAAUCACAGAUCACUUGUACCACUGUCAAGAUAUUUUCCCUAAGGCUGGUACUGUACUGAGUAUAUAUCAUUUAACUUCUGUUGUUUUCAGCAGUUUGUACUGUAUCACUUCAUAAAACACGAGUGAAUGAAUCACAGCACUCAGUGAAUCACUUUGUAGGUCAGUAGAGCUUGGGAAAAAUGAAAAAGGCUUAACUUAUUGCCAUUCUUCCCUUCAGAACCCACUGCCAGUGUGCACCGCUAGCUACUCAGUACACAUUGAGGUAAAUGAAUGAGUGAAUGGAAUGUUGAAAGGUUUUCCAUGCUUCCCUUUCUUUCCUUAACCUACUGUAAACUGGCUUUUACCCUUAAUAAUCUACUGAAAUUGUUUUUGUCAAGGUCACCAGCGACUCUGGUGGCCCAAUCCACUGGGCACGUCUUAGUCUUUCCCUCUGUUUGACCUCUUUGCUGCUUUUGGCCCUGUUGAAUACUCCUUUCUUGGAACUCCCUCUUGGCCACUAGCACUUCUAACUCUACCCCAGUCUUUUCUAUUGGCUCCUUUUUGCUGAUCCUUUACACGUUGGUAAUUUCAAAGGUUCAAUAUAUAUACACAUACAUAGGCAUAAUAGUCACAUACACUUGUGUUCUCUAUUUGUGGCAUCUGAUCUUAAAAUUCUACAGUGGACAAUUUUUAGUAAUGGGGGCAUUUAAAUAA